GCUCUGCUUCAUCAACGCACAGAUUCUGAAAAAGCUUCUCCGAGUUACUGUAAUUAAAAAGAAGGAAAGAUGUUGAGUUCAGGAGUGAGUUUUGUGUCAGACAUCUUUGGUGGCAACAAGGGAAAGAUCAAAGGUACGGUGGUGUUGAUGAGCAAGAAGGUUCUGGAGUUCAAUAAUUUGGACCUCAAAGCAGGAAUCAACUUGGGUCUUGAUGUUGCUACCUCUGUCUUCGAUGGUCUUCAUCAGAUCAUUGGUGGAGCUGUCUCUCUCCAACUCAUUAAUUCCACCAAGGCCGAUCCUGGGAAUGGUUUGGGGAAACUGGGAAAGACGGCGCCAUUGGAAGGUUUUAUUCGGACAUUGCCAACGUUGUUGAAUGGCCAAGCUGCAUGCAGGGUUCAUUUUGAGUACGAUGAUCAGUUUGGUCUGCCAGGAGCCUUUGUGAUUAGGAACAAUCUUCAAAAUGAAUUCUAUCUUGUGAGCUUGACACUUGAUGACAUCCCAAAUCACAGUUCCAUCCACUUUGUUUGCAACUCUUGGAUUUACCCUGAUAGCAAAUAUCCAAGCGAUCGCAUCUUCUUCGCCAACAAGGCGUAUCUGCCAAGCCAAACACCAGCGCCAUUGCGGAAAUACAGAGAACAAGAGCUGAUUACUCUAAGAGGAGAUGGAUUCUCAGAAUGCAAAGAGUGGGACAGAGUCUACGAUUACGCUACUUAUAACGAUCUCGGCGAUCCAGAUUCCAACGCAAAGCUAGCUCGUCCAACUCUCGGAGGCUCCGCCGAUUAUCCUUAUCCUCGCAGAGGAAGAACCAGCAGACAACCAAACAAAUCUGAUCCGAGCACCGAGAGCAGGCUUCUUUUUCUUGUUGAGAACUUCGACAUCUAUGUGCCACGAGAUGAACGGUUUGGGCACACUAAGUUAUCAGACUUCUUGGCGUAUUUGCUAAAAUCUGUGGCUCAAGAUCUGAGGCCUUUACUGGAAUCGGCAUUUAGAUUGUCAAAUGAGUUCAAGGACUUUGAUAACGUGCGUGAUCUCUAUAGUGGUGGCUUGAAGCUGCCACACGACUUGCUCAAGGAUUUCAGUGAAAAGUUGCCCAUACCGUUGCUCUCAGAACUCUUCCGAACUGAUGGCGAACAGUUCCUCAGAUUUCCAACUCCCUCAAUCAUCAAAGAAAAUGUUUCUGGAUGGAUGACUGAUGAAGAAUUUGCAAGAGAGACGCUUGCUGGUGUGAAUCCUUGCUUAAUCCAAUGUCUCCAAGAGUUUCCCCCAAAAAGCAAGCUAGAUGCUAAUCUCUACGGUGACCAAACCAGCAAAAUUACCAAGGAACAAUUGGAGAAAAGCAUGAACGGAUUCACAGUGGAUGAGGCACUGUCCACCAGGAGACUGUUCAUAUUAGACCACCAUGACGCAUUCAUGCUAUAUCUGAGACGUAUAAACAGUGAAACUGGGAAUAAGGCUUAUGCCACAAGAACAGUCUUCUUCUUGAAAGACGAUGGGACCUUGAAGCCAUUGGCCAUUGAAUUAAGUUUACCUCAUCCUGAUGGAGACCAACAUGGUGCUGUUAGUAAGGUGAUUCUACCUGCAGACCAAGGUGUCGACGGCACCAUUUGGCUCUUAGCGAAAGCUUAUGUAACUGUCAACGACUCAGGCUUCCAUCAACUUGUUAGCCACUGGCUAAAUACUCAUGCAGUUAUUGAGCCAUUCAUCAUAGCAACGAGCAGGCAAUUGAGUGUGCUUCAUCCCAUUCACAAACUCCUGCAUCCACAUUUUCGUGACACGAUGAACAUAAACGCGCUGGCUCGACAAGCCUUGAUCAAUGCAAGUGGCAUUAUAGAGUUGUCAUUCUUGCCUGGAAAAUAUGCCAUGGAGAUGUCUUCUAAGGUCUACAAGAACUGGGUUUUUCCUGACCAAGCCCUACCAGCUAACCUUAUUAAAAGAGGAAUGGCAGUUGAAGAUCCAAGUUGCCCUCAUGGGCUUCGUCUGGCAGUGGAGGACUACCCUUUUGCUGUGGAUGGAUUAGAGAUAUGGGAUGCUAUCAAGACAUGGGUCCAAGAUUAUGUUUCUUGCUACUAUGAGACUGAUGAAACUGUUAAACAAGACUCCGAACUACAAGCUUGGUGGAAAGAACUUGUGGAAGUGGGUCAUGGAGAUUUGAAAGACAAGCCCUGGUGGCCUAAGAUGCAGACACGCAAGGAACUUGUUGAAUCUUGCACUAUUGUCAUAUGGACUGCUUCAGCUCUCCAUGCAGCUGUGAAUUUUGGACAAUAUCCUUAUGGAGGUUAUAUUCUGAACCGUCCAACACUGAGUAGAAGAUUGAUUCCUGAAGAAGGAAGUGAAGAAUUUGAAGAGCUGAAGAACAACCCAGAAAAAGCUUUCUUGAAGACAAUAACACCAAAGAUUCAGACCCUCAUUGACCUUUCGGUGAUUGAGAUAUUGUCAAGGCACACUUCUGAUGAGGUUUAUCUGGGGACGAGAGACAGUCCUGACUGGACAUCUGAUGUGAAGCCAUUGGAAGCUUUUAAGAAGUUUGGGAAGAAGCUUUCUGAGAUUGAAGAAAAGCUUAUUGCGAAGAACAAAGAUGAGAAACUGAGGAACAGGGUUGGUGUGGUUAAUGUACCUUACACUUUGCUUUAUCCUACAAGUGAGGAAGGGCUAACAAGUAGGGGCAUUCCAAACAGUAUCUCCAUUUGAAGAUGUUUCAUAUGAGAAUGAUUGUGUGUUUGAUUGUAAUACUUAUUUCUGUUUCAAAAUGUUCUACUUGUUUCCCAAUAAACCGUGCCGUUUGUAAUCGGCAAGUGCAUUUCCAAAUGCUGUAAUAGAAUUAAUAAUAACAAGCUUUGUUUAUUAUUAUUAUUA